GGGUGGAGGAGUCCUUUCAGUCCUUGUGUGCUGACUGCAGGGUGCCUCUUUGGAGCGCCUGUUCCAUUCAGCUGAAUCACUUGCGCAGUCACACCUUGGCUGAGCGAGGCUGGAGGUGCCUGCAGCCUGCAGCCAGCACCGCUCCGCCGCGCCGCAGCUCAGUCCUCACCGCCGUGCCGCGCUGGCUCCGAUUACAAACGCCGUGCUGUCGAUCCGUUGCUGACUGGCAUCGCACGUCACGAGAUAAGCUGCUCACAGGAGUCCUCCCCAGCCGCCAAAUGACAGCCUUUCUGCUUUGGCUGCUGCUGGUGGCUUCCCCCCCCCCCCCCAAUCUGCCGCAUCUCCGCUUCAACGGAGCCAGUGAGCGGGCGUUCCGAUGUUUUUCUUCUCUAGACCUCAGAGCUGCAGAUAGGAAUGCUGUUAGAGGGGUGAGGAGGAGGCCCGGGGGAUGGAUCCAGCUGCUGUACCUGGAGGUUGGCCCCUCCAUCCCUAUGGAGCAGAGGCACCGGGCUCCGCGGGAGCACCGGGCACCAAGCCCAAGGGCACGGCGCGGCUCCUACUGCUCCCAGGCUGAGCUGCUCCCCAUGGGGUCGAUCCCUGCGUUUCAUUGGGCCUGCUCCACAGCCAUAACGUAUCACAUAAAAUUAUGUUUAAUUGCUGUUAGUUGAGGCAUUUAUUGGGUGCGCAGGCUGCUGUGCUCCGGUGCUCAGUAUCCAGCUGUGCCCACGGGGUUGGACGCGAUGGGAAGGACGGGUGAAGCCCUGCUGGAAUGGCUUUGGGAAGGACGGGAGGGGAUAGAGCGUCCCCUCUGACUGCGCAGGUUUCUCUUUGCGGCUUCUGGUGCCCUUGGCAAGGGCUGUCCUGCAGUGACAGGCACCCACUUCUCUUUUUCUUUUGACUUCAGCUUUUCAGCACAAGCACUCACCGUUUGUAAAGGUUACAGCAAGAUAGUGCCCGCCAUGCCAGGCUCCUGGCUGAGGGAAGGGGCUGCUGUUUGCUUUUCUGAUAACCAAGCUCAUUUAUCUUUAUGUUUUUUUUCUACAUUCUUAGCUAUGUAGAGAUUAAAACGUCUUUGUUUUUCGAUAAGUUGAGAAGCCUGGGCUGACCCUUGGUGUGACUUUGCCUUCCGCUUGUUUUUCUUUCGUAAACCCCAGAGAUUCAGGAUUCUGUGCUGCUUGGAGGUGCAGCUGAGAUGGCUUUCCUCUCUGCUCAGAUCCUUGUUAAGCGUUGUCCAAAGCUGCACAGGAGCCGAUCGGUGCUCGUUAGUGCUGUUGUGCUCUCUGUACUCUGAACUCGAUGGCACGCAUUGCUCGGUUCCUGCUGCACACGAGGACGUGUGUCUGUCUGGAGCUGCCCCUGUGUUUCAGCAUUACCUGCCCUUUCUCUUGCACUUUGCAGGUUACUCCUCUGCUCCACCAGCAUUCCCCACGCAGACCCUGGUGCUGCCUUACUGCUGAUGUGGGCUUGGGCAGCUUGGGAGCACCCAGCGUGUGCUCACAGUGUGAUUGCACUCCAACGUGUGGUUUUGCCGUCCCUGCUGACUGAUGGGGAUGGUUUCUCCCAACAGCUCCAGCUGUGCCUCAGCGUGGUGAAUGACCCCCGGCCCAAAGUGCUGCCCUGCAGGCAGUGCUCAGGUUUUCCUCUUCCUCUGGGCUGUGCUGGAUGUGCUGGCCACAGGACGGCUUCCCAACUGGCCUCAAUGUCACCAGGACAGCGAGCCUUAAACUCGCAGCACCUCCAUCUGUUGCUUCUGACUGCUCCCCCCUCCCCUUUCUAAUGGUCUCUUUGUUUCAGUCUUUCUCACCCCCCUCCCACAGCGCAUUGUAAUAGUGCUGUUAUUGUCUGAUAUUAGAUGACAAAAUGCUCCAGAACACAGAUACUGCUCUGGGAGGGGAGGAGGAGCCAUAUCCUGACAUGCCAACAGUAUGUCUCUGUUGGCGCUUAGCUUUCCCAAACAAAAGAUCUUUAAAAUGUCUGUUACUUAACGGUGUAAAUGAAUUACCAAGCUUAAUCACGCUGCAAAGCAUGAACUGAAGGCUCCCAGCACAGUGAGUACCUGGCUGCCUCGUCGUCCCUGCUGAGCCAGGACGCAGCCUGCUCUGCACGGUGCUGCUUCCCUCGCUGCAGCGGAGAGGACGGUCGUGCACUCAUCUUCCAUCUCCUAAAAUCACAGCCUUCUUCCCAUUCCCAUGCCACGUGGUGUGGUAGCAGCGUGGUGCAGGCUCGGCUCUGCCUCCCCACACUGCUGCUUUCCUUGCAGAGGUGCCCAGGAGGUGGUCAGCAGGCAGCAGGUCAUAUCCACGCUGGUGCUUGUGCACAGGACCUCUGCUGUAAAGCUUCCUUCUGUGCCUGAGGAGCACACCCAGCAUACAUCACAUGCUUGCAGGUGUCGGUACCUGGCAGUCCAGCUCUCGCCAGCCAUCCCCGUGUUUGCAGCGGUUCUCUUCCUGUUCGCCAUGGCCACACUCCUGCGGACGAGUUUCAGUGAUCCUGGGGUGAUCCCAAGAGCCCUGCCUGAUGAAGCAGCCUUCAUUGAGAUGGAGAUUGAGGCCACCAAUGGGACCGUGCCACAGGGUCAGCGCCCUCCCCCACGGAUUAAAAACUUCCAGAUCAACAACCAGAUAGUGAAGCUGAAGUAUUGCUACACGUGUAAGAUCUUCCGUCCACCCCGUGCCUCUCACUGCAGCAUCUGUGACAACUGUGUGGAGCGCUUUGACCAUCACUGUCCAUGGGUGGGCAACUGCGUGGGGAAGAGGAACUACCGCUAUUUCUACCUCUUCAUCCUCUCGCUGUCACUCCUCACCAUCUACAUCUUCACCUUUGACAUAGUCUACGUAGCACUGAAAUCUCUGAAGAUUGGGUUCCUGAACACAUUGAAGGAAACCCCAGGGACUGUACUGGAGGUGCUCAUCUGUUUCUUUACCCUGUGGUCGGUGGUGGGGUUAACAGGGUUCCACACCUUCCUGGUGGCACUGAAUCAGACAACCAACGAAGACAUCAAGGGUUCCUGGACUGGGAAGAACCGUGUGCAGAAUCCCUACAGCCAUGGCAACAUGGUGAAGAACUGCUGUGAGGUGCUCUGUGGGCCUCUGCCCCCCAGCGUCUUGGACAGGCGGGGCAUUUUGCAGCAAGAGGAGAACGCAGCUCAGGAGGAGACGUGCACACGGGGACCCAGUGCUCAAGAGCCCACUGCUGCUCAGGGCCCUGGUGGGCAGGCAGAAGAGAGCAGCACUCAGCAGGAUGGCAGCCUUCCUCACCAGAGUGCCGUCCCCGUGCCAUCCCUGAGCAACGCUGAGAUGCCAGAGGAGAAGCAGCUACCAACUGGGGAGCUCCCAGCCCUAUCCCAGGAUGCUGGGCAAGCAGAGCACUAGCCUCUGCUUGAAAGGGAGAACUUUCUUGUUUUGUCGAAUCAAAGCUGGAAGUGAUUGAGGAGAGGAGGAGAUGGGCUGGAUGGCAGGCAAAUGAUUCCUCACGGCCGUUUUGCUUUAGUCAUUAUUCAUCUCGAUGUGCAGGUGGUGCAGGCUGGUGCUGGCCUUGCAUGGUGGCCAAGGAUAACGAGCACAAGUAGCCCACCGUGAUCACUGAGGGGCACUCCCCACCACUGGGGCUGGUCUCCCUGCAGGCCGAGGCAGGAACUCUUGCUCUGCAGGUUGUCUUCAACGCUAAACACGGGCUCGGUGGUGUGAGCAGUCCCCACAUCUGGCUCUGGCUGAGUGGAUGACUUGUGGUCACACAGCUUGGAUGCGACGUUAGGGCCGGCCUGCGCCCUGCUGCUGAGGAAUCCUGAUGGGAAGGGGAAAGCAAUUUAUGGCAGUAACGUCCUCUCUCCCCUCCUCCCUCCUUCCUCUAAUCUGUGGCAUUGUUUUAUUGGUGAACGUGGCAGGGGUUGUCAGGAGACAUUGUGGUGCCAAAAGGGCCCAAAAAACUGGGAAGGUGUUCUGCUGGCA